AUGUCAAAAUUGCAGUGCGAUGAAGGGCAGCCGGCAUGUUCACGUUGCGUCAAGUCAGGCAAGACCUGUGACGGUUAUCGAAUUCAAUCCCAGUUCAUAUUCCGAGAUGAAACAACUAAAACGAGAGCAAAACAUCGUCAGAAAAAGGUCGAAAACCAUCCUCGGCCAGAUCAAAUCGUUUCGUCUUUCACUACACUUGGACGAUUCUCAGCAUCGUAUUCUGAUAUAGCUGUAACUAUCCCGUGUGCAUUCCGCACCUCCAAAGAGGACGUUGCGAUAAACAAUUUCUACAAUAGCACGGUCGACAAUCUACCAAACGAAGAUCCUACGCGCCAUCUUCAUCAGCAACUCCCCUCUCUUUACUUCCAAAGCCAACAAGGCUCUGUCUUGCGUUUAGCAACAAAAGCAAUAUCGUAUGCGUCUGCCUCAAACAUCAUACCACAAGCGGUUCAUCUGUCUGGCAAAUCUUAUACCAAGGCCCUAAGUGCCCUCCGAACGGCUAUCCAGGACCCCAACCUACCUUUCUCUGACGAAACGCUAUACGCUGUACUACUUUUAUGUGGUUAUGAGGAAGGAAUGCUGACGGGUAUCAAGACCAAGAUGAGAGAACCAAGUCUAAGAUCAGCCUGGGGGUCUCAUGUAGACGGAGCUGCCGCUCUUAUAAAAGCUCGUGGCACCAGUAGCUCACAAUCUCGGCUUUUCCAUGAUAUGUUUUCCUUUGUCCGCAAAAGCGUGGUUCUGGGUCAAAUGCAGACUUUAAUGCCUGUUGAUGAGACUUUCUUCAAAAACACUGUGCCCUCCUAUGAAGAUCCAGAAGAUCGCCUGGUUUCACUAGCAGCUAGAGUUUCACAGCUGCAGUGCUCAUGUUACCAGCUGGACACAUCGAAAGAUGUUAGUCCGACUGAAACCGAGAUUUUAAUAUCCGAUGCCACCGAAUUGGAUUCAGAUCUAUCCAUCUGGGCAAGUAGUCUAUUACCCCAAUGGUCUUAUGCCACUGCGGUAAACAUAAGCAAUCCUGGAAGAGCAGAUUAUACUCCACAAGUCAUUCACAGAUAUACAGAUCGCUAUAUCGCUCGCAUCUGGAAUUUGUACCGAGUAUCGAGGCUCAUCAUUCAAUCCAUUCUACUCCGUACCACCACUCGCCUGUCAGCUUCAACAGAAGAUACGUCGAACGUGGAUCAAAGAAAUCGAAUCGAGAGAGUGAUUAUGGAGCUGGUUGACGACAUAUGCUCUAGCGUUCCGUAUUUUCUGGGGCAAGACUUAAAGAAUAUAAGCCUUACUUCCCAUAGUGACGGAAUACAAGUUCACGACCGAAACACUUCAAGCUUUAACGAAAGGAGUAACAUGGGCAUAAUGAUUAGAGGAUUUUCACUGAUAUGGCCCUUGAGCGUCGCCUGUAGCGCCUUGCCUGUUCCUGCCGCACAGAGGGACUGGAUGCAAAGGCAGCUGCAACUACUUACAAACCAUAGUGAGCCUCUCGCUAGCACGAUCCUCUCAGGCAGGCCUAAUGAGUUCCGCUUCGACUGUGUCUAA